UACAGGGAGAGGGGGAGCGCGGGAAGGGAUGCGGGGAGGGGGGGCAGCUGAGCAGCUGACGUGGGCCAGGGUCGGUGCGGCUGGCUGCGCGCAGCAACACAGGGUCCCAAAGCGAGGAAGAGAGAGCGCCGAGCCUUCACCUCCCCGCACAGCACGCGCCUCGCGCGCAGAGUAGCGGCCAGCGUGUCCUCUCCGGCCACUGCUGCUCCGGGAGCCGCCAUGGCCCUGGCCCUCUGCCCGCGCGUCAGUGGCAUCCUCUGGCUCGCCUGCCUCCUGCCCUUGGCCCCGGCCGUAGUGGCUGCAGGCCUGUAUGAGCUUCACCUCGUCACGGAUAGUCCUGCCACCACCGGGGCAGAGGUGACCGUCACCGCCAGCCUGGUGGCCAGUGACAACGGCAGCCUGGACCUGCCCACCGACACUCACUUCUACCGCUUCCACUGGGUCCACUCCCCAUUGCUGCUCACGGGGAAGACGGAGGAGGCCUUCAGCUCCUCCAUCCGUGCUGUGGGGAGCGUGCCCGGGGACUUCCCCGUGUCCGUCUGGGUCACGGCCGCCAGCUGCUGGAGGUGCCAGCCCGUGGCGAGGAGUGCCCUCGUGCUCUCCAUCACAGAGUUCAUUGCGGGGAACCUCACUGUCACCCAGAACCUGUCCUUGCCCAGACCCAGCUCCUAUCUCACCAAGACGGUCCUUAAAGUGUCCUUCCUCCUCCACGACCCCAGCAGCUUCUUCAAGACGGCCUCAUUUCUCUACAGCUGGGACUUUGGAGACGGCACCCAGAUGGUGACGGAAGACCCGGUGGUCUAUCACAACUACUCCAUCGUCGGGACCUUCACCGUGAGGCUGCAGGUGGUGGCAGAGUGGGAGCAGGCCACGCUGCACGCUGGGAAGGGCGUCGUGCAGAAGACGGGGGACUUCUCCGCCUCGCUGAGGCUGCAGGAGACUCUUCGAGGCAUCCAGGUCUUGGGGCCCAACCAAAUUCAGACCUUCCAAAAGAUGACAGUGACCUUGAACUUCCUGGGGAGCCCCCCGCUGACCGUGUGCUGGCGCCUCAAGCCCAAGUGCCUCCCGCUGGGAGAAGGGGAGUGUCACCCCGUGUCCGUGGCCAGCACGGCCUACAAUCUGACCCACGUCUUCCGGGCCCCCGGGGACUACUGCUUCAGCAUCUGGGCUGAGAAUGUCAUCAGCAAGACGCACCAGUACCACAGGAUCCGGGUGUGGCCCUCCAGCAUCCAGCCGGCCGUCUUCGCUUUCCCCUGUGCCACGCUCUUCACCGUGAUGCUGGCCUUCAUCAUGUACAUGACCUUGAGGAGCUCCACUCACCAGAAGGACAUGGUGGAGGUGGCUGACUUUGACUUUUCCCCCGUGUCUGACAAGAACCCGGAGCCGCCCACGGGGGCCAGGUGCUGCCAGAUGUGCUGUGGGCCCUUCCUGCUGGAGACACCCUCCGAGUACCUGGAGGUGGUCCGUGAGAGCCACGGGCUGCUGCCGCCCCUCUACAAGCCGGUCAAAACCUACACGGUGUGAGCGCCCCCCGCCCCUCUCCGCUUUACUGACUGCCAGCCGGCCGCUUGGGUGCAGCAGGAGGGGUCCGCCCCGGCCGACCAACCAUCUGUACAGUCCAGCCGCUGCCACGAGCCCCCCUCGUCACACCCCCAGCCGUCUGUUCAUCUGUGCAGCGCAGCCACCAACAUAAGCCCCAACCUUUGAAGAGGCCCCAAGUGGGCGGACGCUGCGCUCUGACGCGGCCCGUCCUCGCUCCGGGCGUGCCUGGCUGCCCCUUGCCCCACCCUCGCGCAUUGGCACGUCCGCCGUCUACGUGGGGUUCCAGCCUUCCGCCCCCAGGCAGCCCCGAGAGCUAGGAGGAAGGUGACAGACGGCUAGGGAUGCAUCGUGAAAGGCCACGCGUAGAGACAGGUGGGCACACACACGUGUGUCGCGAGGACAUCUCCAGUGGUUUUCUCCGCAUCAGUUCAGUCGGUCGCCGGGACGUACUCCGAACUGGAACUAAGAUGAAAUCUGACCUUCUCCACUUGGGCCCAACAGCUCCUGGGUCCUGGUCUGUCCCUUUGUGCACUGUCCCUGCGGCUCCCUGGUCCCACCGGAAGGACACCUUGUUCCCUGCCUGCUUGGUGGGGGCGGGGCUAAUACUUGGCGAGUGCAAAGUGCUUUUAUAAAUGGCGCCCUCUUACACUGAGACCACGCUAAUAACUCCCACUGAGAAGAAGGCCUUGAAGCAAAGAGAAGUCGAGCUGGUGGGGACUUGGAAUCCCUGGGAGGGGACGGUGGUCUUGCUGCCCCGCUGCCCCCUGGAGGUCCGAGAAGGGAGAGGCAGGGGAACCGAGCCGGGUGCUCUCGCCUGCAGCCCAGUGGCUGGGGCAGGCGGAGCAGCUGGAGGGAGCGGCUUCUGGGGGCAGCGGAGACGCAGUGAGGCCCCAGCCAACCGUGCAGGGGUGCUGGGAGCAACCGGGGCCUCAGUUUGGUGGGGGCAGGGAGUGGGGCGGGAACUCAGCGGCUGUAGACCUCCGCGCUCAGGCUUUGUGCAGAAAACACUGUCGCGCAGCUCAUGCUCGUGAAACACGCCGUCAUCGCCGAAUAAAGUGUGUGUGCUGUGA